AUGUCUUCCUUCAAUUUUGGUUCCUCCGCAUUUGGUGCCAACAAUAACAAUAAUAAUAACAGCAGUGGGGGUGCUGCAAAGCCAACAUUUGGGUUUGGGUCCGCUUCGUCAGGUUCUGCAUUUGGUGGAAAUACCGCUGCGAAUACGACAGCUGCUGGUACCGGGACGAACCCGUCCCCGUUUGGUGGGCUCGGUAAUAAUGCCAACACAACUAACAACUCUUCGGCCUUCGGGAACAGUGCUACUGGUGGAGCCAAUAAGCCUUCUUUGUUUGGUGCCAGUAAUAUGAGUGGUGGUAAUACUACACCUUCAUUUGGAGGGAGCACUGUGGGCAACACUAACACCAAUUCAGCAUUUGGUAAUGCCAGUACGCCAUUUGGUUCAAACGCUGCUGGAGCGAACAACACUGCCCCAAAAUCUAGUGCAUUUGGAAAUUUCGGUGCAAACACCACUACGGUCUCACCAUUUGGUGCUGCCGCUAACCCUCCAACGAACAAUUUGACGGCUUCGCCAUUUGGUGCUGCUUCGAACGCUCCAGCAGCAGGAUCUAAACCUGCAUUUGGUGGUUUUGGCGCUGGUAACAACAACCCCACUGGCCAGCCUGCGGCGAGCUCUAAUUUGUUCGGUGGUAACGCUACAAACACAACAAAUCCUACUAGCACAGCACCAGCAAGUCAACCUGCUGCCGGGUUUUCGUUUGGUGCAGGACCAAACGCUUCUGGUCCUCAAUUGGGUGGUACUGCACCUGCCACGAAUAACAAUACGGCAUUAGGCAGUGCACCAGCCACUUCCAAUGCUACUCCUUCAAUUUUUGGAUUUGGGAACACAGCAGCCGCUGGUAACACAAGUUUGGGCAACUCUGCUUCAGGCAAAUCAUUGUUUGGUACAAAUGCUAACCAGCCAACUAAUACGCCAGGCUUUGGAGCGAGCGCUUCUGGUAACAACCCCUCUGAGAAGAAAGAUGACACAAAACCGGCCUUCAGUUUCGGUGGUGCCAGUACUUCCGGCACAGACGCUCAAAAGAAGGAUGAAGCCAAACCAACAUUCAGCUUUGGAACUGCAACUGCGUCUACCGGGAGUAGCGAAAACAAGGAGGCAGCUAAACCUGCGUUUAGCCUUGGCGCAACUACUAGUUCUACCUCAAACACUGAAAACAAGGCAGCAAGCCAACCUGCGUUCAGUUUUGGAAAGACGCCUACGGCUUCCGGAACUACGGAAAAGAAGGAGGAAUCCAAACCAGCGUUUGGUUUUGGUGCUGCGGCACCAAGUAGCACUGAAGCAAAGGACAAUCAGAAACCAACUUUGGGUUUCGGCAAGCGUGCUUCUAUUGAUGAAGACAAGGAAGCGGGAGGUGCCACAAAGCCGACUUUCAGCUUUGGCUCUAAAGAAGCCUCGGGUACCGAAAAUACCACCGAAAAGAAACCAGCCUUUAGCUUAGGUGGUAGUGCUACUCUGGGCAAGUCUUUGGGGACUGGCGAGAAGAAGGAAAAUUCAGCGCCUGCGUUUAGCUUCGGCUCUGGAUCAGCAACAGAGAAGAAGGAUGGGCCCAAAACUUUAAGCGGGAUUUCUCUGGGCGGUGCGAAAAAAGACGAAGACAAGCCAGCCUUCUCCUUUGGUCAAGCAGACAAGAAAACGAAGUCCGAACAAGAUCAGCCCAAAUUGCAAUUUGGGUCAACCAAAAGUGAUCAGCCCACUGGUGAAGAGACCAAACGAUCGUUCGGUUUGGCGGGUGCCUCGAAGGUGGAGGGUAAUAAGACCCCAGAUGCACCCAAAACAGGAUUCUCAUUUGGAGGUACGAAGAAAGAUGAUACUAAUACGGCAGAUGGGAAGGCAUCCUCUAAGGAUGCCCAGGAUGGCGAGAAAGACAGCGGUAAGCAGGACACCAACAGUACGAGUCUGAACCCUAAGUCCGUAGAGUUGAAGCCGAUUUCGCUGGACAACAAGACCCUAGACGAUCUCAUUACAAGAUGGACGAACCAAUUAACGAGCUCUGCGACACAUUUUAACAGCUAUGCCAAGAAGGUGAACGACUGGGACGAGAUGCUGAUGAAAGGCGGGGAGCAGAUCAACGAGCUGUAUUCCGGUACGCUAAUCACGGAGCAAACGCAGAACAAGAUUGACCAGUCCCUGCAAUACAUCGAGCGCCAGCAAGACGAAUUGGAGACGUUUUUGGACAACUACGAAAAGAAGACGGAGUCCCUGCUCUCAGACAUCCUAGCGACAAACACAACGAGCAACAACGCAAAGGCCAGCAAUAACGACCAGAAGAGGCUCAAUGCGUACCACACUGCGGAGCUUCUCGAGGAGAACCUAAGCUCACUGUCGCUGAACCUUUCCUCCCUGAUUGGCGAGAUCAACGACGUCAGCAACACGUUCAACAAGGCGACGAGCAUAAACCUCGACAAACAGGACGAAAACUCGCAACUGCUGAAACUACUCAACGUGCACCUCGACGCCUUGAACGCCUUGAACAACAGCUCGACUGCGCUUGAGGACAAGAUACACAGCGUCGCCAAGUGA